AUAAAAGUUUGCAGAAAAGAUAAGAAAGGAAAAGAUAAUGGCAAUUCAACUAAAACAUCUUCAUCCAUUUACACUCCAUCAACUGAGAAGCAGUGGUCCCCCAACUCAUCUGCGGGCAUCAGGUUUCAGAGUAGAAGCCGUUUCCGGCAAGGAACUGAUCCAGUCCGGCAAGGUCAGGGCAGUGGAGGCCAAAGAAGCGGCUAAGUUGAUGAAAACUGAAGAGUACAUGAUGUUGGAUAUAAGACCCGAGUGGGAGAGAGAGAAGGCUCGUGUUACUGGCUCAUUGCAUGCCCCCCUUUUUGUUCAGGACAUGGAUAAUAGCAUUGUGACUCUGCUGAAGAAGUGGGUUCAUUUUGGCUACAUUGGUCUUUGGACUGGUCAGUAUUUUACUAUGAUUAAUCCUGGCUUUCUUGCUCAAGUUGAGGGCUUGGUCAGUGAUAAGGAUACUAAGCUUCUUGUGUCCUGUGGAGAAGGCUUGAGGUCACUGAUGGCUGUUUCGAAGCUUUAUGGGGCAGGAUACAAGAAUCUAGGAUGGUUAGUUGGAGGAUUCAACCGUUCAGUGGAUGGAGAUUUCGCAGACAUUCAAGGGACUGAGAAAUUGCAGUAUGCUACCAUAGGCGGUGUCUCUUACUACUUCCUUCAAAUUCUUAUUCUACUACAAGCUGUUGGCAAAGACAAUUGAUUUUGUUCACAAUAAACUUGUUAAGCUCCUUCCUUCA